AUGUUACAGGACAGGAGAUGUUUCGUUUACCGGAAUUACUAUUAUGAGUAUGUGCCCGAGCAGCUGCAGUGGACAGUAGCAGAGAGACUGUGCCGACAGAGGUUUGGAUUUCUGACCACCAUCGGGACAAUUGAAGAUAACCAGAAACUGACCAGCUUCAUGCAAUCGCUGAGGGUGACGAAAGCACUGUGGAUUGGUGCUAAAAUAAAAGAGGCUGGCCCUGGUACAUUUGCUUCACACAUUCUGAGGUUUUCUGGAAGGACUGACACCAAAUAUGCCAAGCUUCUGAAGCAGUUCGCUCAGUUGCAUUCGGUGACCAUUUGUGCUCAGGUGCAAUUCGAUUCGACUUACGUGGGAGUUUCUACUGUCUUCUCCUAUUCAAUCCCAUCGUUUAUCAACGAAUUCCAGCUCCGUGCUAACAUUGUCCGUGGUCAGCAAAUCCAGCUUGCGCUUCUUGUCCAUGGUGUUCACAGUCCUUAUUCGCAGGCUGUGGAGAAUAAUGGCAGAUGGCAUCAUCUAUGUGUGAGCUGGACCCGCCAUGGUGGUGGCUGGGCCAUCGCAGCAGAUGGAUCUGUCAUUUCAUCUGGAGAGCAACUUUACAUUUCGGAUGACAUAGGAGCAGGUGGAGUCUUCAUCAUUGGCCAAGAGCAAGACACAUUCGGCGGAUCAUUUAAGAAGGAUGAAUCUUUUGUAGGGAACAUCACACAGCUCCACAUUUGGGAUCGUGUUUUGAAUGCCAGCGAGAUCCAAGCUUUGGCAGAAAAUUGUUUUGUUAUUCCGCUGGGAUUGUUUUUCCAGUGGAACCUGUCCACCUUUGAAGUUGAAUCAACGGUGCAGGUUGCAGACUAUCUUUUGCUUAACAAAAGUGAUUACCCACAAAAUGCAACUAUUGCAAAUUACAUCAUCAAUGUGUUAUUAGAAGCCACAGAUGAAAGCCAUGCUAAACUCACCUCGGCUGACUUGCUAGGGUUGACAAGAUUUCUUGGAAAUGUCGCUGAGCUGGAUUUUGAGACAGAAGCAAAUAAUUCAGAAACAAUUUUGAGCUUGGCUACCAACUACAUAAAAUUGGCAAGCAAAAUCAUAGAUGUCAAGUGCUCCUUUGAAUGGCUCAUAAUCUCUGAGGUGAUCCAUGGACCAUACGUUAUAAUACACAGUGUUGAUAUGCUUGCUGAGAAGCUUUCUAAUAUUUUGUUUUCCAUUGGACAAAGUAUUGUCCUGUCAACAGAGAAUAUAGAUAUGCAGAUCAAAGCAAGCCACUUGCCCAGUUUGGAAGGUGACCUUGUUUACAAACCCAAAUGUCUUUCUGCGCGCAAUCGAGUGGAUGAGAUCCAGAUCCCUGGUUCAGAGAUGUCCCUGCUUCUCACUUUAGGAUACAGUGAAUUGAUAUUUAUACAUGCCUACUAUCGAAGUGUGGAACAUCAUCUGACACCUCACAACCUAGACUCUGUAUUACUCGCCGGGAGAUCAGACAAACGCUUGCAGACAAGCCAGCUUCAGACAGCUGUUAUCUCUUCAACUGUACGUGAUCCAGUCAGAGCAAGGAACAUCCCCACUGCUGUGCAGUACUCUCUGUCACACAGGGCUGUGGUUGGAUUUUCAAAAUUUGCCACCCCAACAUGUGUGUUUUGGAACUUUAGUCUUCAAGAUGGACAUUAUGCCGGAUGGUCAAACCAAGGUUGCCAAGUGAUCCAGUUUGAGUCUGAGAUCACAAUCUGCUCUUGUAACCACACAACCAACUUUGCUGUAUUGAUGCAGUUCACAGAAAUACAGUGGGGUUUGGAGACCGAGAUGAUCUUAAACAAACUGACCUUCAUUGGAUCUGGAGCCUCACUCUGUGCCUUAGUGGUGACCUUGACUCUUUUCACAGUGCUGGAUAUUCCAAAAUCUGACCGAACCUCCAUUCACAAGAACUUGUUUGUAGCUCUGAUUGCAGCACAAGUGGUGUUAUUGAGCAGUGACUCAGCAACAAACAGUAAGACUGCCUGCACUGCUGUUACUGCCCUCCUGCAUUUGUUCUUUAUGGCUGCUUUUGCCUGGAUGAUGGUGGAGGGACUGCUCCUCUGGAGUAAGGUGGUUACUGUCAAUCUAAGUGAGGAACGGAGAAUGAAAUAUUACUAUCUUAUCGGCUGGGGUCUCCCUGUCUUAAUAGUAACCAUUACACUGGCAGCAGCACAUGACAAGUACAUUGCAGACAGAUACUGCUGGCUGAAUGUUCACAAUGGAGUGAUUUGGGCCUUUGUUGGGCCAGUUAUCUUCAUUAUUAUGGUGAACAUGUUUGUGCUUACGCGAGUUGUGCUGAUCACCAUGUCAACUGCCAAGCGACGGGCAAUAAUGCUUGCUGUCAAUAGCAGCCCCAUCGAGCAAGCCUACGAUCAGAUUAGGGCUGCUGUGAAAGCUGUGCUGGUGCUUUUGCCCAUUCUCGGCCUCACGUGGCUCUCUGGAGUCCUUGUUCCACUCUCUGUCAUCAUGGCGUAUAUCUUUGUGAUACUCAAUUCCCUGCAGGGUCUCUUCAUCUUCCUGAUAUAUGGAGUGUACAACACAGAGAUAAGGAGUACAAUCAAAAGACUUAAAGAAAGAAGAAAAGCUUUGAAUUUUUCAAAUUGUGCCACUUCUCGACCAUCAAGCUCGUUGACCAGCUCCAGACCUGCCAGUUCGCCUGUGACAGGGUCGGAGAGCCUUGCUAAAGAUGAUGGGCUACAGGUUACAGAUGGAGUCAACCUGCAAGGCAUUUGCAAAAUGUCUUUCUAUGACAACAGUGUCAUAUAUGAAAAUCCAGCUGCCGCUAAUGAGAGACAGCUAUCUACCCCCAGCCUGCCACGAGGACCCGAUGAGGAGCUGUCGUGCUGUUCUCAGAGCCCAGUGACCUCCAUUAAGGGUUGCAAAACUGACUGUCCCCUUCCCAGCGGACGGGAAGAUAUGGAGGAUGGCUGCAGCCUGCAUGUACCCAUAGAGCUUGAGGAUCGCUCCUGCUCCUCACUACAUGUCAUGUCACUGAAGCGAGUUGGCAGCUUAUAUUUGGACUGAUUAAAUCAAGAUGACAAGUGUCCUUCUGACUUGUGUUGUGCAUUGGAUUAGAAAGUGAUGAUGCUAUUGUGGAACAUCUGUGUGUGGUGUAGAAAGCUCUUGAGUGUCUUUAAGGAAACAGAUAAAGCAGAUUGAUAAUGGGUCUUCUGUCAUCAUUAAAGGUGAAGCCCUUUGCUGCACCUAGAAGUUUGCGAUCAUUUGUAAGAUCAGGGAGGUAAGCCUCCAUUUUAGCUUCAUCUCUGUUUUACUCAAACAUAUGAUGCCAACAACAGCCCCAUGAGGAAUGGCAUGUAGAGCUUUUGCUGUUAAAAGGUGUCAUUAAAAAUUAUUUAUCAGGCGUUUUUAUCUAGAGUUUCAUUGCUCUAGAAGUUAGCUA